GCUAACUGCGAGCGAAGGAAAAAGGAAAGCUCAUUACCCAGGCGACGAAGCACGUUACUACAAAAAAGUGAAAUUAAUCCGUUAAUUUAUGUGUUUUUUCUCACCGUUAUCCACUUGAGAAGUGAAAACACACCCGAAAAGAAACAAGGAGUACAAGUUGAAAACAGCCAAGUGUUUGGAAAUAAGCAGGAGCUACUGAGCAGACCGUUUCAAGAAGCCUAGAAUAAACAAAAAGAAGGCAGGAAAAUGACCUAAUUAGCGACGAGCGUGACGGACAACCUGGUGCAAAUGUGUUGGCGGUAUAUUCCCAAGUUUCACCCACAAGGAAGACACAUGCAUCAGUGCACAAACUUGUAUACCACAAUCACAAACCCCGCCCUUCCCUUCCUGUCAUCCGCCCCAGUCCUCCAUGGAUUCCUACAACUUCCACUUUGAGAGAAUGAGCAACGUGGACCUCCAUCCUCUGAGCCUGCCCGUCAGCCGGCUCUCCCCCGCCAAGUCCAACAGCAGCAUCGCCGACCAUCUAGUCCACCAUCAGCACGGCAAAGGAGACUCUGCCUACAGCUCCUUCUCUGGUGGGUCCACUGCCCCAGACUACCCCUCCCCCUUUCUCCCAGACGACAUACAGUCCAGCUCCUUCAGCCACUAUGCUGAUCUUAAGUACGUGAAGUCCAUAUACCAUCCCACCCAGGUUCUCCAGUCCGACUCAAAGACCAUGGACCAGCUCUAUCGCUCUGUGGAAGCUAUCUCUCAGCAAUAUCGUAACAAUACCAACACAAAUGUAAACCACCAGAAUGGCAACAACAGUUUGCACAUCAACAACAAAGCGCUCUCUAAAAAAGAGGUGCCUAUGGGGGCUCAUUCCCACCCUACUGUCCGUCCUCCUCCUGUUCCAGCACGAAUGGAUAGUUUUAUAGCCACAAAAAACUUGGAAAACAGCCGAGUCCACAAUCAAGGUACUGAAUUUAAACCCCAGCCACCUCAACAACAGCCCAGACCCUUCAGUCGACUCCAUCCACAGCCCCAUGGUCAAAAUGCUCCAAAACCUGAGACGGCUAACCAAGAUACAGGCAAAGCAAGCUUCAGUUCUGACCCAGUUUUCUCAGUGUGGAGGGGCUCACAACAGGAACUGCCACAGGCCCAGCAGUCGCCAACAUACCGCCCCCAUCUCCAGCCUCACGAUCAAACUAGGGCGCCGUUGAACCCAGAAUACCUUUCCAUCACUGAUAACAAAGCAGCGGAGCAGGACAAGUCAAUACACUCCAUAAGCCAGCCUGAGCACCUGAAACCCAGACUGCCUUCAAGCAGUGGCGUGUUUAAUGAAGACCAUAACAACAAGCCCAGUGGAAACGGUGGCCAUUUGGAGAGUAAGCGCAAAAGGGCGCACUCGGCGCAUGAUUGGCUUGGUUCAGAGCCAGCUCGAGCUGCCAGCCCCUGGAAUGCUGGUCAGGGUUUCAUCAACAGCAGCAUCCAGCAUAAGGGUCAAUUCUAUUUUGUCACAGGACUGUGUAAGCUGUCUGAAUCUGGAAUGAGGACACACUCUGCAUCUGUGUGUGGGUCUGAGACUGGAAGUGAGAGCUCCACUGUGGUGCUAAGAGAAAAGGGAAGAUGCCACAGCACAAUGGAUAAUUUGUUUAGAUCUCUCCAAGAUGAGACCUCUUUCAGUGAUGCGAGAGAGGCUUUAACUUCUCCGAGCCAGGACCUUUCCUCCAGAAGCCAGGAUCAGGAGAAUCACAGACUAUCCCUCAUUUCAAUGCGGUCCUCGAGAAGCUUCGACACCUUGGAAGAAAUCGACAUGAUCCAGAGUCGGGAUAUCAGCCGCCACACUGCCAACAACCCUAUAUUCUACUGUGGACCUGAAAGAAACUGCCCACCACAUUCAACCAAACCAACAAAGGAGGCGACCCCACUCAUAAGCAAUGAACAGCCUAACCCCCACAAGAGAGAGGAGCAAGCAAAAAGAGGGAAACGGCAGCCCUUGGGAGAUGUAGCCAGCGAGAGGAUAAACAAAGAAACAACCCCGCUACUGUACCACCUCACCGGAGCCAGCAGGGCGGCGUCACAGCCUCAAAAGGAUGCUGAGUUCAGUACAAAAGGCAAAGAAGCAAUUCUAAACAAAACAGGUCAUGGAGACGUGGUUGGUACCGAGAAGGAGAGACCACUAAAAAGUGAGACCGAUAGAGAGGAAGGUAUCUCCGUUGCCUGUAACACGCUGGACGACUCCUUUAAAAAGUACUACAAAGAGAAGCUGAAGGAUGCCCAGUCGAAAGUCCUGAGGGAGACGUCAUUUAAAAGGAGGGACCUGCAGCUGUCAUGGCCGCACCGUACCAGGCCAAAACCUGAGCUGAGGCCGACAGUUAUCCACGCUUUCUCCUCAUCACAGGACUCUGAGACCUCCACAGAGACACUCACUCCCUCUGUGGCCUCUGAGGAGACCGAGAGGGGGAGCAUCAAAGACGAAGUCAGGGAGAGUCAGGAGGAGAGGGACAAAGAGACUGAAGAGGUAAACGGGAGGCCAGCGAAUGUGGCCCAGCCCCAGGUAGCACGCAUCAGAGGCAGGAAGCGAUUGACUCAAGAGCAGAAAAAGAUGUGCUACUCUGAACCAGAGAAACUCAACCAGCUCGGUGGAGCCCCCGUCCACUCUGCAUGCCGCUCCUUUGGCAACGACACUGAAAGCCUGUUUGCAGUCGAAUGCGAGGAAGAGGAACGUGCGCAGCAAGGGGAGCAGGGACUGGUUGCAGCACGGAGGAAGAUGUUUGAGACGAGAGGUAGAGCCCUCUCAGCUUCUAGCGCUACAAAAUCCAACUUGAAACACAUGCAACACAAGGCGCUGGUGGAGUACAUGGAGCGUAAAACGGGCCAGAAAGUGCCCGAGCCACAGCAGCCGGCUCCUCAGUUACCAUCUCCACCCAGACAGAGGCACUCUAUGGGGGAGAAACCCUUCGACUGGGGUCCCAGGCCUCUAUCAGGAAAUAAUGAAGGCAAAAACACCAAGAAUAAACCCAACAGACCCCACUCUGCAGGCCGCAUCCUGGACUCCCCUUCCAGCUCUAUCAGGUACGCCCAGUUCUUCUCGGCACAGUCUUGUUCAGGCCAAUAUGUUGGUCAGUCCAAUCAACCCAGAUGGAGGGAGAGCCAAGGCCCAUCUCAGGGGAAGUCCGCCUCAGUGGAGAGUCUCUUGGACCAACCAGAACCACCAUGUUUUUUAAGGAACAGAUCCACAUCCACACCACAGGCACUCGAUCAUGAAGAGGAGCCAUUACCAGUUAAUGCUAUGGAAACCCCAAGUCCUCAGACGCAUGCCAGUGAGGACUCCUCAUUGAAGCCGGCCCCUGAGAGCCAGCAGCGCGUCCGUGUGGUCGCACAGAGGGGGAAGUCCAUGGAAGAGCUCGGGGCAUCAAAGUUACCAAGACCAUCGGCCAUGAGUAAAAGUUCUGAGCAGUUAGAUCAACUUUGGAGGGAUCCGACUGAACCUGGAGGACCCGUCAAAGACAAGAGGAGCGUUUCAUUCUUUGCUGAAGUCAGAGAAACCCAGGGGCUGGUCCGAGGGGGAAUGAAACAAAAUGUAACGGGGCAAAAGGAAACGGCGAUCGUUGGUCAGGGACAGACACAAAACCAAGCCCAGAUAAAGUCUGUGUCAAGGCAGAGCUCUGAAACAGAGGAGAACGCCUCAGCAAGUAGAUCCUCCUCCCCGGCCUCCUGCAGGACUCCCUCUGGAUCUCCUGGUUCUCACGGCCCGGUUACAGAUGAGGUCAGGUCCAGCAGACCGCCCAGUGAGACUCCACCUGACCCACCUUCCCCCAGAUGUCCAGAGACCAGUGAGAGAGAAAUCAAAUCCACCUCGUCCACUCCCACCCAGACAAAGCUUCCCUGUGAAAACAGGCCCAGCUCCAGAGUCAAGACUUCUCCUUCUGCAUCUGGAUCAGAGAGAGAGCAGUCGGUGGAUGAAGAAAGCAACGUUUCCCUCCAACUCGAGUCAAACCAGGAAGUGUCUCUGAGCUGCGGUGUCACCACCGAUCCAUCGCUGUGGAUUCUCCCCGCAGCAGAGGAGAUCAAAGAGGAAGUUCAGUCUUCGGCGCUGACAGACGACGUUUUUGACGACGAGUCCACCAGCCCCGCCCCUCCGACACAGACAAGUGAAACCUCUGUGUCUGCCUGCACCUCCAUCUCUGACACAGACAUCAGUCAGCAGGUGGAGGAGGAGGAACAUCCAGAACCGGAAGAUGAGAAGUCUGGAGGAAACCAAGCGACGGAUGAGAGGGGGACUCAAGAGGGAGAGACAGAGAGCCUGGAGAGGCCUGCUGAAAGACCAAAGUGGCAGCAGCUAGUAGAAGCGGCAGUCAAGGUUGACCAAUCGCUGGCCAGAGUGUUCUACCCACUGACCAAUCGUAAGACGGCACUGAUGCUGAUGGAGCAGCUGCUGUCAGAGGACACGCUGCUGAUGGAGGAGCACUACAAGAAGAAGCAGGAGCAGAAAGGAUUUGCAGAAAGUCCUGACACAGUGGAACAGGCUGAACCAUCUCCUGCUCCGUCUGCUCCGGACAGCCCUAAACCUCCGAGUACAGACCUGCAGAGCAAAGCCGACAUCACUGAGAGAAAGCGUCUCUUAGCGUCCAUUAUCAAUGAGCGCCUUCACUCACUGGAGGAGACUCGCGGGGUCCUGCAGGCAGAGAUCCAGGAGAACUUGGCCCACGGGGGGGUCCUGGAGGUGCUGGUCCGCGAGCGCUGUGUGCCCGUGGAGCUGGAGAGGUACAACCUGUUCAUAGGAGACCUGGAGAGGGUGGUGAGCCUGCUGCUGUGCCUCUCCGCCCGGCUGGCCAGGGUGCAGAACGCCCUCAGCACCGUGGACCAACACACAGACGCUGAAGAGAUGCAAUCUCUGGACAGUCGCCACCGUCUGCUGUGCAAACAGAGGGAGGACGCCAAAGAUCUGAAGGAUAACCUGGACCGCAGGGAGAACCUGGUCUCCACCUUCCUGGGGCGUCAGCUGUCCGCCGAGCAGCUGCAGGACUACCGGCGCUUCGUGCAGACCAAGGCCUCGCUGCUCAUCCGGCAGAAGGACCUGGAGGAGAAGCAGAGGCUGGGAGAGGAGCAGCUGGAGGCGCUCUCCAACAGCCUGUGAAGAGAGGAGCAACACAAGCACAGAUUCCUCCUUCACUUGCCUUAAAGUAGUAGCUUGUUUAAGAAGACAUGUGGAGAGGUGGCUGUCUUUUUCCCCCACCCUGUCAUGACUUCCUAAUGUAUCAUUGAAGACUUUGACAAACGCAUCAUGCCUCCCGCUGCUCUCCUCUCAUGCUAUUCACGAGGCUGCACAUCAGAUGAGAAAUAAAGACUCCUUGCCUUUCAUCCACCGACGGCUCAAUCCCCGCCCAUUGUGAGACUGCACAAUCUGUGCACCUGAAGACUUUUCUCAAUGUGUCGCACAUCUUUCCAUUAACUUAAAACACUGAGCUGGUUUUUUUUCUGUGUGCCUUGAUGUUGCUGUGGAUCGUUUUCCAUUAGAGCUGCUGUGUGGUGGAAACUUUGCGUCCCCUGUUAGCAAUCUAGCAACUGUCCUCCACUUUUUCAAUGGGAUGGUAGUGCUACAGCCCUGUAUCUGCACCUGUGGAAACCUAUUAUAAGCUUUAAGAUUGUAUUUGGACCUGUGUGAAGGCUUCAGUGAAAGUAUAGCCUGAGAGGGGGCGCUGUGCUGUAUCAUGUCAGCAAGAUGUACAAUAGCUGUAGUAGAUUUAAUCGUUAUGUUUUUGUAAAUGUUCUUCUUUUCAAAUGUGUUUCAAAUUUAAGGCACUAAAAACCAAAAAGGGUGAAUGAAAAAAAAGCACUUUGUAAUGAUACAUAAAUGCACAUUUCUUAAAAUCAGAUUCAAGUCAUUUCAAUGAAAGCCUUACUCCAUCCAUUUAAACAAUAUCCCUGUUUUUGUCGUUGUUUCGUCAUACAUUUUCAAUAGGAAUGUCGAAAUAUUUUUUAUAAAAAAGGUACAUGAGCACACCAUGCAACAUUAAGGAUUUUGUACAAAUUCUUUUCCAGCUAAUUUCAUACAUAAUGUUAUUAAGCCUCAAUGAUUUCACGCUUGAACAGUUUCUCAUAAGGAGGUGCUAAACCUCUUUAAUCAGAUUAUGAGUCAGCAAGAAUUAUAUUACUGAGUAUUUUCUCCCAAUGUCCCUUUGUCACAGAAGUGACACGUGAUACUUGAAAUAGUUUUUAUCAAACAGGAAAGUCCACAAUCUUCACUUCAGGUGUCUUAAACUAAUGUUCAAUGUUCUAGCUCCACUGCAUAUCACCUGUUAGAUAUGUUACCUUUUAGUUUAAUUAAAUGUAGUUAAAAAAAACUCUUCUCAAAGGAAAUGCACUCUUGAAUCAAAAGACUUUCCCCCAUUUUUUAUUUAGAUAAUCUGUUUCCACAUUUCUUUUUUUACUGAAUCAACUAGACACAUCAAAGUGACUGUUGUUCUACGUCAGAAUAUGUGCAACGUGUGUGUAAAAUCAUGAAUGUCUUCAUUUCAUGUUUAUAGUGAGUAGUUGUUGAAGAGAAAGACAGAACUCCUAUUGGUGUUUGCCGUUUAAGUUUUCAACAAAAGUCCUUUUGUGGAAGUGAUUAAAUGUUAUUAUCCCUCAGGAAAUCAUACCUGUUGGCUGAACUGAAAAGGUUUCCAGUGUUGACUGUUUUAUAUAUGAUAUUUAUAUAAUGACUACAAAAGGCAGAGCAUCAUUUGCAUCCCCUCCACAUAAAAAACCAUUAACUCACCCAAACUCGAAAUGUCAAAAAACUCAUUUAUACUUGAAAGAUAUUGUUCUGUUUAUUUUUGAUAAGCAGUUUCUCCCCCCCCCCGCCAUCCCUGAAACAUUUCUCCAGAGAUUUACGACCCUGUCCGUUUCAGUUUGCUAAACAAAUGUCUGUUUGUUUUUGGCCUUUGUGCUGACGCAGUCCUGAAGGGUUAGAAAAGACUCUUGUUGUUCCCCACAACCUUCAGGAAUUUCUAAAGUAUGCCACAUUUGGGAGAAAGAAAGCUUGCGGGGGAAAAAGUGAGGAAAAAGCUCCCACAGAAGAGGAGCAGCACAUGGAUAAAUACUCAUUUCAGUUCUUGCUAUGUGUGUCUACUAACGGACAUGUGACAUUACUUGUUCCCGUCAUUCAAUCAAAGCAGUGUUUUGUUGAGUUCACAGGAAAAUGGGCCUGUUUUUGAAGUAGGAUUAUAUUUAAUAAUAAUAAUAAUGGGUUUCAUUUAUAACGCACUUCAUAUUUGAGUUCAAAUCCCGAAGUGCUACAAGCAGUGAGCAUGGAACAGUAUAAAACAGCACACAACAUGGUAUAAUUUAAUAAAAAGCAGUAAAAACAAACAAUAAAAAAAGUCAAAAGGGUAGUAAUAAAUCAAAUAAAAGGUCUAGGAAAAGGCUCUAUUGAACAGAUGGGUUUUGUUUAGUUUUCACAUACUGGAAGCGUGUCUCAUUGAUACAAACAUAAUCUGUUUUUGAAAAUAUUUCAGUAAGUCCCGGCUGGUGGGACGACAGCAAACAUUUCUAAAUCCACUAUUUCCGCUCUAUUUCACAUCUGUUUUAUGUUGAUAGUUAAAGUUGUUUUUUGUGCCUGUUUGGAGUUGUAAAUUCCAUGAUGUUUGUUAUAUUGUGAAUAAAUUAAGCUCUCCCUCUCC